AUGACGUAUGAGGACGUUCUCGCACCAGUCAAAUAUUCAAGAUUCUUCAGGAGCUUUCCAAGACCUGCAAACACAAUGGCUGAUUACUGGAAAUCUCAGCCGAGGAAGUUCUGUCAGUAUUGUAAGUGCUGGAUCGCGGACAAUAAACCCAGUAUAGACUUCCACGAAAGAGGCAAGAAUCAUAAGGAGAAUGUUGCAGCCAAAAUAUCAGAGAUUAAAAAGAAGAGUAUUCAGAAAGCCAAGCAGGAGGAGAAGGCGUCCAAACAGUUUUUGGCGAUGGAAGAGGCGGCACAGAAGGCCUACGAGGAGGACCUGAAGCGGCUGCAGAGAGAGGACGCGUUUGGCCCUGACGUCUCUACCGCCGCCUCUGUCACGUCCACGUACCAGCCUGUGCCGACGGUGCGAGCUGCCAAACAGCCCCAGCCCAGCAGCGAGACCAGCAAGCAAGAACCCAAGCAGCAGCAUCAGCAGCAGAAGAAGAAGAAGCAGUCCAACAAGAGCAGUCAUCCCAGGCCUCCAGCAGAUUAUGAUCAUCCCAGACCUCCAGCAGAUUAUGAUCAUCCCAGACCUCCAGCAAAUUAUGAUCAUCCCAGGCCUCCAGCAGACCCUGACCAUCCCAGAACCCCAGCAGAGCCACCGGAACAGCCCUCGAUUCCAGCCCCUCAAGCCACACUCCCAAAACCAAGACCUCCCAAGUCCAAGCGAUGCACAGAACCCAAUCUGUGGGUGAAGGGGACCACGGACGAGGGCCACAUUUACUAUUACAACAAGCUGAGUGGAGAGUCACGAUGGGACAAGCCACAACCAGAACCACCGGGAACCUCCACCGUCCCUAUAGAGCCUCGUCCUGUCUGUGUGUGGAGUGAAGCCGUGAGCCCAGAAGGACACACGUACUACUACAACACAGUGACGGCAGAGACAACCUGGGAGAAGCCUGGAGACUACACCUCGCCUGGUGCAGAGGCAGGAGACCCGAGCACGAACACAGGGACGAGUCCUGAGGAGGAAGCAGAGACUGGAGACCAGGGCCAGGAGUCCACAGAGCCCCAGAUCAGCUCCACGAAAAGGAAAGCAGAGGCCGAACCCCAGGAGGAAGACGAGACCAGCGAGUCUGAGAAGGACUCCGAGAGCCAGGAGCCAGAGACUCCCAUGGGCAGGUUUAGACCCCCCAACGCCUACGGCACCUGGGAGCGCAUCAAAGUGACCAAGGACCCAUAUGCGGCCGUGGACUGGCAGCUGCCGCGGGUCCAGGUUGAAGAGGUCCCUCAGGUGGACAUCCCCCCGGAGCCGAAGCACAAGUUCAAGACUCGGGUGAUAACGUCGUUGGGAGACAGCGGCAGCAGCAGCGUACCCGCCACAUUUAAGAAGAAGAAAAAUUUAAACACCAAGGCCCGAAGUCUGCGGCAGCGAGACCACGACGACUGA